AUGUCCUGUUUCUCCCCCCGCACACCCCGCAAAAAACCUCGUCUCACAAUCGCACUCUUCACGCUCCCACAAAAAGGGAAAUAUCACUACACAUUUCUGCUUACGCCGAAACCUAGUUCCCCGCCUGUUUCUACAAGGGGAGAUCCGGCGAAUCCGACGCCGUUGGUGAAAUUCAGCGUUGAGAAACGAGAGAAGGGGGCGGGAAGGGGAUGGGAUGUGAGGCGUGGGAAGGAGGUGAAAGAGGUGCAAUGGGUGUUUGAGCGUGGUGAGAUUCCUGAUUUGGAGAUGGCGGCUGGUUUGCACUGUUUGGUUACAGUGGGGAAGGUGCUUGAUGUUCUCGCGCUCGAGGAGAUUCUCGCUGAAGUCGAGAUUGAGGGAGAGAAGGGGUUUGAUAGCGAAGCCUGGGUGGGUGAAGCUUUCGAGAGGUGUAGAUCACGGGGCGUGGUGACGGGGAAGAGUGGUGUUAGUGGACGGGAGGUGCGGUGGAGGGAGUUGGAGGAGGAGAUUGGGGAGUUUGCUAGGCGGAUGGGGACGAGGGAGCGGGAUGAGGUUGGGUGGAUGGGGGAGGAGGGGGUGCCGUGUUGGGAUGUGCUGGGGGGUGGGGUUUAUGCUAUGAGUUGA